CCCGAGAUCUACCUGUAAAUCCCGAUCUAUUUUCUGCCUCGCCCCAAAAUCAAGCCCCGGGGGCUGUAUUAAUAACAACAUUACAGCCCUUGUUGCUAGGCCCAUACCCCCCCCUUUUAGGAAACCCCGCCCGUCUUCGCGUGGCCUGCGCGGAACUAAGGCGAGGCGGUUCAGUGUUUCCACCGGAGACGCGAAGGAGGAGCAGCGAGGGUAAGGGAAGAGGAGACUGACAACGGCUUGUGCCAAGGAGGCAAGAGAGAAGGGACGGAGAUCCUCUUUGUUUUUCCUUAUCGCAGCCUCGGCCCUAACGAAGGGCGGGUUGAAGGAGGCCGGGCUAGGCCAGCGGCUGCCCGAAAACGAAGGAGGCAGAGAGAGCAUGCAUGCCGGAGAAGCGGCAGUGAGAACAGGAGGAGAAAGGCUUUGCUAAGAGGCUUUCACGUGCCAGAUGUUCUUGUCUUCCGCUUCUUCACAUCAGAGUCCCUCACAAAGUGUGCAGCAGAGUAAAACAUAAACAUGGCCAGAGUCGUCAAAAUGUUUCACACACUCAGAAAUCACUGGAAGAAGACUACUGUUGGGGCCUGCUUGCUCGUCUGGGGAGGAAACUGGCUGUAUGGAAAACACUGCGACAACCUGUUAAGGAGAGCUGCAUGCCAAGAAGCCCAGGUGUUUGGCAACCAGAUUAUUCCUUCCAGUGUGCAGAUAAAGAAGGCAACAGUAUUUCUCAACCCUGCAGCUUGUAAAGGCAAAGCCAGGAAUCUUUUUGAAAAGAAUGCAGCCCCAAUUCUCCACUUGUCUGGUUUGGAUGUGACCGUGGUGAAGACAGAUUAUGAAGGGCAAGCAAAGAAGUUGCUGGAGCUGAUGGAAAACACAGACAUGAUCAUCAUUGCAGGAGGGGAUGGAACUGUACAAGAGGUCAUAACUGGGCUUCUUCGAAGGGCUGAUGAAGCAGCUUUCAGUAAAAUUGCGAUUGGAUUCAUUCCCCUUGGAAAGACCAGCACCUUAAGUCACACUCUUUAUCCUGAGAGUGCAAACCAAGUCCAACAUAUUACUGACGCCACAUUGUCCAUACUGCGAGGAGAGACUAUUCCACUUGAUGUUUUGCAGAUCAAGGGGAGCAAAGACCAACCUGUGUUCGCUGUAACCGGUUUAAGAUGGGGGUCUUACAGAGAUGCAGGAGCAAAAGUCAGCAAGUACUGGUAUCUUGGGCCUCUGAAAAUCAAAGCAGCCCACUUCUUUAAUACAUUGAAGGAGUGGCCUCAGAAACAUUCAGCCUCCCUUACCUAUUUGGGCCCAACUCCGAGGCCUCCUGAGGAGCCAGAGCAGAAGACUCCUAGACCUCCUUUAUACAUCAGGCUUUACAAGAGGCUUGCUCUUUAUUGGGCACCUGUUCCGAAAGAAACCCCGAAGGAGGUGACUCCGGAGGCCUGGCAAAAAAUGCAGCUGUCCACCAUUGAAUUCUCUGUCACUACUCAGAACAGUCAUCUGGACUUGAAACGCACAGAAGACUUCAUGAAUAUUUGCAUCGAACCAGAUACAAUCAGUAAAGGAGAAUACAUAAAAAGAGGAAGCCAAAAGAUGCAGGAUCCCCACUUGUGUCCAGAAGGAAGCCACUGUCUUCAGGCUAGUAGGUGUAUCUUGCAGCUUCCAGAGGAUACGGAAGGCUCCUUAGCUAUUGACAGUGAGGAGUAUGAAGCAAUGCCAGUGGAGGUGAAGCUGUUACCCAGGAAGCUCCAGUUCUUCUGCAGUGCCAGAAAAAAAGAGCAGAUGCUUCAAAGUGCAUCAGAAUGAAGGCAGACAUCAAAACAGCGCUCCCAACUCCUGUCCGCCAAUCUGGCAUUUGCAUUUCAGAAGAACUGCAGACAUGGCAGGUGCCAAAAGAAAUAUACAUUAAAAAGAGGGUUAAUUUGGUUGCAUCAC